AUGGAUCUGGAGCCUCUCCAUUAUGAAGCCUCCCAUCAUCCUUGUUACUCCACGCAGCAUAUUGUCAGGGUGGCUCACUGUCGGUCAGUGGCAGUUUGCCUGACAGCCUACAGUCCUCUGGGCAACGGGGAUCGACCCUGGGCCUCCGCCGAACCGUGUCUGCUGCAAGAUCCCCGACGAGGAGAAAUAGCUCAACGAUACCACAAGACACCUGCCCAGAUCAUACUCAGGUGGCACAUCCAGAGGGGCAUCGUGUGCAUCCCCAAAAGCGUGGCCCCUUCCAGGAUCCAGCAGAACCUGCAGCUUUUUGACUUUGCCCUGUUAGAGGAGGACAUGAAGCUGGUGGACGCCUUAAAUCGCAGCCAACGCUUCAUCGUCCCAACAGUCGAGAGGGACAACAAGAGACCUUGGCGAGAUGCUGAACACCCUCAUUUCCCCUACAAUGACCCUUACCGAGUGAACACAAAAUCAUCUUUUCCCUCCACUCAAUUCAGAGCAGAGCAUUUUUGUACAAAGGCAAUUCUAAUGAAGUUGGGACGUUGUGUUAACAAAAACAGAACCCUAUGAUUUGCAAAUUAUGGUCAACCUAAUUCCAAAUGAAUGCAUUACAAAGAGAAGAUAUUUAAUUCAAACUGAUAAAACGUGUUUUGAGCAAAUAAUCCUGA